ACAAAGAGCUGACCCUUUCUAGUUCCUGCUAUCACACUUCUUCCUCACUCGGCCAUUACAGAGGUGACCCUUCAUCUUCCAGAGAUGAAACAACGGCUUCGUUGUGGUUGCGCUGUCAGUUCCAAGACCAUGUUCAUCGACCGAUCCAUGUUUCUUUUGCUCUCUGUUUCUCACUAUUAUUCCUUUUCUUGCAUUCUACUUAACCUUCUAUUUCUACUCCCUCCCACACACUACGCUACCUCCUGCUUCUCCUCUGCAUUCUGGUUGAGUACGGAUGAGUCCAGCAAACUGUUUUUGGACAAUAUUCAAGCAAAGGAAGGUGAAACGUGUUACAAGCAAUGGAGAACAGUUAUUGUAAGUUUCUCUGUCCCUGUUCUCUUUGGUCAGGUACACGUAAAGACGGGAAAAUCCAAUGGUUUCCCUCAUGGAAAGAGUGAAGAUCUAGCUGCAACUCGAAUUCAAAAUGCAUUUCGUACAUUUACGGCUAGAAAGGACGUACAUGAUUCGAAAGUGCCAGAGAGAUGCCAGGAUCUAGUUCAAGGUGAAACGGCUACAAAACAAGUGUCAAGCUUCAUUCAUUCAUGGAGCAGAAUGCAGCAAGAAAUUAGAGCACGUAGACUCUGUAUGGUUACAGAAUAUCGAGUCAAGCAAAAGAAACUAGAAAAUCAGCUGAAGCUUGAGGCUAAAAUUCAUGAACUUGAGGCAGAAUGGUCCGGUGGGUCAGAAACAAAGGAGGAAAUACUUUUCAAGAUUCAGCAACGAGAAGAAGCUGCUGUAAGACGGGAGCGGGCUAUGGCUUACGCAUUCUCUCAUCAGUGGAGGGCCAAUUCCAUCUUAGAUCUGAGCCCGGCUUCGUACAGCCUUGACAAAGAAAACUGGGGAUGGAGCUGGAAGGAGAGAUGGAUUGCUGCUCGGCCCUGGGAGAUCCGAGCUAAUACUCAUCCCACCAUUCCAAAGAAGGUGCAGAUGAAACAAACAAGCAAAGUCAAUAAAGUGACAUAUCAAUCGGGGUUGAAGGUCUCAAACUUAGCUGGACAUUCUUCGUUGAACAGCAAGGGGAGUUCAAAGGCCAAAAAUUCUGCUAUAUCCAAUUGCUGAAACAAGCUACAAGAAGCUGAAGGUUAUUUCUGUAUAUAGUCACCCAAACUCAUAAACCAACUGACAAAUUCAAUGAUAUGAAUUUGGUAGUUCUCUCUAUAAUUUCACCCGGCUUGCUUUGUAGUGUGAAUUUCUAUUAUUAUGCCUAAUAAGAGAAAUUCAUAUCUUCUAUGAAAAAACAUGCUUUGUAUCUCA